AAUAGGCACAAAUGAAAUGCCAUUCUCUCACCUUCCCGUCAAUCUCACCUUUAUCUGGUUAUCUCUGUUCUUUCAUAAACAGGAGCUCUUAUCAUUACCACGCCACCUUUUACCAGUAAGAGCAUGAUCAUUGUCCUUUCUUUUCUUUAAGGCACAGGCUCCUUCUCUUAUUGGAACCUUGUUCUCGAGGAGGAAUAGUCCCUGAUUUGAAGAUUACCUUAAUAAAUCAACUUGGAAAAUUAGCUGCCUCUUUCGCUGGGAAUAGGUAUAUGGGAUUUCUUGAUUUCUAGUCCAAUCCGUGCAAUGGGAAUGCCGAGAGGAGAAGCUGAGUUGUUCAUUCUGGCCCUUCUAUGGCUGCUUACUUCUGCAAGUGCCCUGCUUUCUCCUAAAGGAGUGAACUUUGAAGUGCAAGCAUUGAUGAGCAUAAAGGCUUCCCUAAUGGACCCUCAUAACGUGCUUGAGAAUUGGGAUGGUGACUCUGUUGAUCCAUGUAGUUGGACCAUGGUCACUUGUUCCCUCGACAGCCUUGUCAUUGGACUGGGAACCCCAAGCCAAAACUUGUCUGGCACUCUCUCCCCAAGCAUAGGCAACUUAACAAAUCUUCAGAUUGUGCUCUUGCAGAGCAACAAUAUCAGAGGGCCGCUACCUUUAGAGCUCGGGAAGCUCUCAAAACUCAAAACGCUUGAUCUUUCGGGUAAUUUAUUUACCGGGGAAGUUCCCUCUUCAUUGAGUCACUUGACAAACCUCCGAUACUUGAAGCUUAACAACAACAGUCUUUCUGGGGCUUUUCCGAGCUUGUUAGCGGACAUGUCCCAACUCGACCUUCUAGAUCUAUCUUACAAUAAUCUGAGUGGUUCAGUAUCCAAAAUUCUUUCCAAGUCAUUCAAUAUCUUAGGCAACCCUCAGAUAUGCCAAACAGGUUCCAAACCUGAUUGCUUUGCAACGCAGCUAAAGCCUUUGUCGAUGCACUUGAACACCUCAGAGACUCCUUCUUUGGAGAGAAAGCCCAGAAGUCAAAGACUAGCGCUUGCCUUGGGAUUGAGCUUUGGCUGUCUCUCUCUGAUUAUUCUUGGAUUCGGACUACUUCAGUGGUUGAGGAGGCAGCUCAGCCAGCAGCUCUUCUUUGAUGUAAACGGUGGAUAUCACGACGAAACCUCCCUUGGAAACUUGAGAAGGUUCCAUUUCAAGGAACUGCAGAUUGCAACUAAUAACUUCAGCAGCAAGAGGAUAAUAGGAAAGGGUGGAUUUGGAAAUGUUUAUAGAGGAAUUCUUCUGGACGGGUCAGUGGUAGCUGUGAAGAGGCUUUUGGAUGGUAAUGCCAAAGGAGGAGAGAUCCAAUUCCAAACCGAGGUCGAGAUGAUCAGCCUAGCAGUUCACCGGAACCUCCUCAAGUUGUACGGAUUCUGCAUCACUCCCACAGAGAAGCUCCUGGUUUACCCGUUUAUGCCCAAUGGAAGCGUCGCUUCACGUCUCAAAGAGAAACCGGUAUUGGACUGGGGAACUAGGAAGAGAAUCGCUUUGGGAACGGCAAGGGGACUUCUGUACCUCCACGAGCAAUGUGAUCCAAAAAUAAUCCACAGGGAUGUCAAGGCUGCAAAUGUAUUGCUGGACGAAUACUAUGAGGCCGUGGUGGGAGAUUUUGGGCUUGCUAAGCUUUUAGACCACCAGGAUUCCCAUGUCACGACGGCAGUGAGAGGAACCGUGGGGCAUAUAGCCCCAGAGUAUCUCUCAACGGGACAAUCUUCCGAGAAAACCGAUGUUUUUGGUUUUGGGAUUCUUUUGCUUGAAUUGGUAACUGGCCAAAGGGCAGUGGAGUUUGGCAAAGCAGCUUGCCAAAAAGGAGCAAUGCUAGACUCGUUUCAGAAAAAGCUAAAAAGUUAUGGAAAAUACGAAAACUGAGAACAGUUAGAUUGAAGUACUUGGGAAAUGAAUACGAUAUUCAGAGAAGAGAAGGAGCCCCAUUAGUUUGUGUCUCCCGCAAGAGAUUAAUAACAGGCGAAGAAGAUACAUCAAGAAAAGAAACUCGAAAUGCUCGUGGACGAGGACCUUGGGAACAACUAUGAUGCGAUCGAGCUUGAGGAAAUAGUCCGGGUGGCUCUUUUGUGUAUGCAGUACCAUCCGGGCAACAGACCGAAAAUGUCGGAAGUGGUACGGAUGCUUGAAGGCGACGGGGUAGCAGAGAGAUGGGAAGCUUCUCAGAGGGCACAGGUGAUGACACAGAAGGAGAGAACCUCUUGCAAGCUUUCCUCGUCGG